UGCCCAUGCCCGCCUGCCUCCCUCUAGCCUGCUGCACACCCUGGGAGGGGAGGAGCAGCCAGGAUCCGUCACAGGGCCCUGCCGCCUAGAAACAUAGAAACCUCCCACCAGCACGUAGACAGACUUCAUGCAAAGGUUUUGUCCUGUGAGCCGAAGCGUGAACUCAGGCCCGGAGGAAUAUACACGAGGGACAGGCCUGGCCGGCCUGGGAUCGGAGAACGUCCUGAGCCUGGCUCCGAGGACUGUUCGCUAUAGGAGGGGGACUUCGUGCAGCUGCCUGUGCCCAUCAUUCAGCAGCUCUACCACUGGGACUGUGGCCUAGCCUGCUCCAGGAUGGUGCUGCGGUACCUAGGCCAGCUGGACGAUGGAGAGUUUGAGAGUGCCUUGCAGGAGCUGCGGCUGACCAGGAGCAUCUGGACCAUUGACCUAGCCUACCUGAUGCGCCAUUUUGGCGUGAGGCACCGCUUCUGUACCCAGACCUUGGGUGUUGACAAGGGCUACAAGAACCAGUCUUUCUAUAGGAAGCACUUUGACACAGAGGAGACCCGGGUGAACCAGCUGUUUGCACAAGCCAAGGCCUGCAAGGUGCUGGUGGAGAAAUGCACGGUGAGCAUCCAGGACAUCCAGGCGCACCUGGCUCAGGGCCACGUAGCCAUCGUGCUGGUGAACUCGGGGGUGCUGCACUGCGACCUGUGCUCCAGCCCCGUCAAGUACUGCUGCUUCGCCCCCAGCGGACAUCGCUGCUUCUGUCGCACCCCAGACUACCAGGGCCACUUCAUCGUGCUGCGCGGCUACAACAGGGCCACUGGCUGCGUCUUCUACAACAACCCAGCCUACGCGGACCGAAUGUGCAGCACCAGUAUCAGUAACUUCGAGGAAGCCAGAACCAGCUAUGGCACGGAUGAGGACAUCCUCUUUGUCUAUCUGGAUAGCUGACACCAGGAACCUGUUGUGCCCAGGUCCUUGGACCCUGCACCCUACCCCUGCCAGGCCCACUCAGGACCCUCAGGCCUGGGGCUGCGGGGACUUGGAGCCUUAGCCUGUCUGCCUGGCACACCCGCUUUGCCCCCCAGUGCUGUGUUGUCAUGCUGCUCACCCCAAGCACCUGUUGGUUGCUGGAGGCAUCCUCAGACCGGUGGAGGGAAGCCUCCCCCAGCACAUCAAACCUGAUUCCUGUCAGGCCCAGAGGAAGUGCAGGCCCAGGGCGAGGGGAGAAGCCCGAGUCAGUCACCCCCACAGACCUCAGGAACCUGGAGAGAGAAUUCACCUGACCUGAGCCCGCUUGUCAGGACCGCGCCUGUGUGUUCCGAGAGUACAGAUGAACCUCAGCCCUGGAGCUGUACUGUCCUAAGCCCUGGCCUCCUGCAAGUGCUGCAGAGCCCCAGGUCCCCGUGGUGGGCGCCAUCACCACUGCCUCCUUCCUCUUAGUGGCUGCCAGUUUCUAUGACUCAUUUCAAGGCCUCUGGUCCUGAGUGUUCCGCACAGACACCGUCCCAGCCACUGUGCUCUGCAGCGCCCCGGCCCUGGGGACGCUGGGGCUCCUCACGGCCUUGUAGGUACUGUGUCCCUAGGACAGGGUGUCCUCGGUAGUGAGCCCUCCAUCCGCUGCUGCGCCCGGGGGCUGGCAUCAGGGAACGUGCUUCAGGAA